GGUAUACCAAUUGGAUUUUUUCUGUGUCCUAAGACUUCUCAUGAUGCAGAGCUCAACUUUUCCAAGCACGGCAUACUUCUAGCAAAUAUCAGUGAAUGGACCAACUGCAUAGGACCACGAUGAACAUUGAAGUAAUGCCGUUCCAACGUCCCAAACAAAAAAGCAGAACAUAGGCUCCAUCUCAGGCCAGUUUGGGGGUUGAGUUGUUCCCGGCUGGUUUCCAGUGUCGGAUUCCUUGCAGUCUGUGUCAACCAGCGGAUGGUUGAUGGCCUGAACAACACUCGCCAACGACGACAGUGUUUCAAGAGAAAUCUGCAGGCACAAAUCCGGACACGGAAAUAUUGCCAUAUGGUCAGUUUGGGUGCAGCUGGACUCCAUCAUCGGAGGCAUCAGGAGAGAUGAGGAAAAUAGUGGGAUGUUCCCCUGCGGCAUUCGUAUGGCGUGUUGGCGGCUCCGUAGUCAAAUGCGUUGUACGGCUCAGAAGAUCCCCGUAUGAAGCGGCGUUUGUGAGGUUUGAGCCUUUUGGUGUUGAUUUUGGCGUCUGUUUUGAUCUUCCUCCAUCGCUAGCGAUGGCUGGAGGAUUGAGCCCGCUUGCUUUGCUUCCAAGAGGACCGGUCGUGGGUGGAUUCUGUCCAGAGGCUGGCGUCUUACCCGAAGAUGGGCCAACAAUCUCCGCUGCCCCGGUCGGAGUACUUUUAAGGAUCAUAUUUCUAGGACGGGUUUUGAUGUUUCCUUAUUCAAAGAGUGGCCGCAAGUUGUCGUCAAAAAAAUAGUAGGGUGAAGUGACUAUGCUGAAACUUUUUAGUAGCGUUAUGAUUUCUGUAGUGGGGUGACGGCAAGUAUUUCUAGACAGGCGACCGAGGAAAUCAGCAGUUUUGAACUGCAAAGUGGCUAGGGAAAGUGAUGAAUAGGUGCUCAUCGACAGGAGGACGCUGAACAAGAGUCGCAAAAAUAGGUAUGCUUAGGUCGGUAGGCUAUUCAAGGC